GUCUAUGCACCGGGCCUUCCCAAUCACAGCCGCAAAUCCCCUUCUCGCAGAAGCCAAGCACAACGCCUAGCGCCGCUCGCCCGCUUCUCCGAGAUGCCGCUCCGGCGCAUCCUUGGCCUCUCCGCCGCCGUCUCCGGCCGCCUCCGCCGCGGCUUCUCCUCGUCCGCCUCGCGCCCUGCGUGGGCUAUGAUGCAUCCGCUCGCGAGGCUGGCAGAAUCGACGGCGCCGCGCGCGUCGCUCCGGUUCGCCGAGCCCCCGUGCCUCUCCCACCUCAUCAUCCCCGCCCACCUCGCCGACCCGCCCAGCCGCGACCCCCGCGGCGAAGACGUAACCAUAAUCUACGGCGGCGUCCUCAAAACCUCGAGCGGCGACGGCCUCCUCCUCCUCGCCUUCAUGGAUAUAAGCGGCACCGCCCCCAUCGUCGCCACGCACGGCGGCACUCAGGAGCGCAAGCUGACUGGCGUCGACCUGGACGUCGACAUGAGGCGAUUCGUCUGCAACCCCCUCAGUGGCCAGAUGUUCCGCCUCCCGGACAUCGACGGCACGAAGAAGACGGAGUGGUUCUCGGAGAUGGGCAUCCUCACCCAAUCUGAACGCCCCGACCGGCCGCCUGAAAGGUACGCCGUCGCCGUGCUCAGCGAGGACCGCGACGGGCAGGAGGGGAGGUUCGUCAUGCGGCGGUUUCUC